CAGAAAGAACAGUCAAAAUGCAGGCAGGGCGAUGGACAAAGCACUCGGGACAAAAUGAAUGUUAUACUAUGUGAUAAUCAUUUUCAAAAAAAUUUCAUUUUUUAAAAGUUCCGGCGCCCGUACGUCCGACGUCACAGGGACCGGAACACGGAAGCCGGAUGCCGGCAUCGGCCGGAGGAGAUGGCCAGAGACGCUGCAGGGGACACAUCGCGGGAGCGAAGGACAAGGUAAGCUCUGCAGGGAAUCCCUGAGCAACGCUGCAUGGUAAGCCCGAGUGUAGCUCGGGGGGGUUACCGCUUGUGAUACUGAAA